UUUCGGCAUCUUCUCUUUGGCAUUGUUAGCUAUUGUCGUUCCCGUUUCCUGCUUCGUACGCAACGCAUCCCGUUAUUCCCUUUUGCGUCUUCGCUCUCUCACUCUCUCCUUUAUUCGAGAGUUCACACUCAUAGAUCUCUCUCUCUCUCUCUCGCUUUCUCUCUCUUUUAAGCUCAAAUCACCCACGAGUCAGACGGCCAUGCAGGAAGGAAGUCUUGCCGAUAUUCAUAUUCCCAGUGCUCAAGUUGUUGGAAAUGCUUUUGUGGAACAGUAUUACCAUAUUCUUCACCAAUCACCGGAUCUGGUGCAUAGAUUUUAUCAAGAUUCAAGUUGUUUAAGUCGGCCUGAUAUGUAUGGCAACAUGACUAAAGUAACAACAAUACAAGCAAUUAAUGAGAAGGUACUAUCACUGAAUUAUGAGGACUAUACAGCAGAGAUAAAAACUGUGGAUGCUCAGGACUCUUUUGAGAAAGGGGUCAUCGUGGUGGUAUCUGGAUGCUUAACAGGGAAAGACAAUAUUAGAAAGAAAUUCACUCAAACCUUCUUUCUAGCUCCACAAGACAAUGGCUACUUUGUCUUGAAUGAUGUUUUCAGGUACAUUGCAGACACAGAGUUGCAAAACAAUGUUCUGGUUAAUGAGAUCAGUGAACAAGGUUCAACAUAUGCCACAACACCUGAACCAGGGCUCCCUCAUGACCAUCUUUUGGACGACCCAUUAAUUAAUCCCGAAGAGGAAGAUAUUAAUAAUGGAGCUGAAGUUUGUGAUCCCUCAGAUGAGGAAGAAGGAUCAGUAAUUGAAGAGGAGGUUGUUGAACCCCAAAAUGUUGUCAGUCAGAAUGAGAGUGUUGUGGCUGAUGAGUCAGUUCCUGCGGUUCUACAAGAUGCUCCAAAGAAAUCGUAUGCUUCAAUUGUCAAAGUGAUGAAAAGCAGUUCACCAUCUACUCCGGUCCAUACAACUACCGGAAAUGUAAGGGCAGCACCUGCAGAGCAGUGGUCAACCGUUUCUGCAAAACCUGCUCCAACAACACCAACGGUAGCAGUUCCUAAUAGUGAUAAUGCGCCUGAAAGUAGCAAUGAGAAUGAGGAAGCUGAAGGACACUCCAUAUAUGUACGGAAUUUGCCUUAUAAUGCAACACCUGCACAACUUGAGGAGACAUUCAAAAAAUUUGGGCCCAUUAAGCACAAUGGCAUCCAAGUCAGAAGUAAUAAGCAGGGAUUCACUUUUGGUUUUAUUGAAUUCACGACUCCAAGUUCAGUGCAGAGUGCACUUGAGGCCUCACCGAUCACAAUUGGGGAUCGCCAAGCUGCUGUGGAAGAAAAGAGGACAAGUACUCGAGUUGUUAGCAGUGGGAGAGGAAGGUAUGAAUCAGGUAAAGGUGGGUUUCGGAGUGACAGUUUCCGUGGUCGAGGGAACUUCAUUAAUGACCGAGGAGGAGGCUAUGGCAGGAAUGAAUUCAGAAACCAGGGUGAGUUUUCGGUUCGACCCAAAGGUCCAGGUAGACGGAGCGGAGACAGUUAUCAGUGGGCUAAUCAGAAUGGAAGGGGUGGUCGUCAAGGUGGGCCCCCAAAACCUUGAUUUUAUUUGUUUUCAGACCAUCAGCUGAGAAAGUGAACAGAUG